AUGGUGGCCGCCAUCCUGCUCGGCCCGAGGAAGCGGCGAGCGGCCAGUAGGGACGAGGCCUGGGACCCAGGGCUGAGCCGGGCAGGGCCCUCCAGGGGCAUCGAGAUGCUGCAGCCCCGGCUCACACCUGAUCCAGAUUCCUGGCCGCAGGAGCCGCAGGAGCCUGAGGGCUCCAGGCAGAUGUGGGGGGCGGCAGCCCGGAGGCAUGCCCCCCACCCGGCCACGCCCACCCUCCUUCCUGCUGCUGCUGCUGCUGGCCUGCCAGCCGCUCCGCCCACCCUCCCUGCCCAGCUGCAGGCCCCCCGUGCGCAGAUGAUGGACUCCGUGUUUGAGAACUGGAAGCUGUAUGGGGAGCAGUGUCUGCACAACCUGAGCCUGCUGCCGCCCCCCACGGAGCUGGUCUGCAACAGAACCUUCGACAAGUACUCCUGCUGGCCCGACACGCGCCCCAACACCACGGCCAGCAUCGCCUGCCCCUGGUACCUGCCCUGGUACCACAAAGUUCAGCACCGGUUCGUCUACAAGACGUGCGGGCCGGACGGGCAGUGGGUGAGGGGGCCGCAGGGGCAGUCGCUGAGAAACGCCUCCCAGUGCCGGAUGGACAAGGAGGAGCUUGAGGUGCAGGAGGCGAAAGCCAAGCUGCUGGUCGGGUUCAGGGUGAUGUACACGGUGGGGUACUGCCUCUCGCUGGGGGCCCUGCUCCUGGCCCUGGCCAUCAUGCUGGGCCUCAGGAAGCUGCACUGCACCCGCAACUACAUCCACAUCAACCUGUUCGCCUCCUUCGUGCUCAAGGCCAGCUCCGUGCUGGUCAUCGACCUGCUGCUCAAGACCCGCUACAGCCAGGAGUUCGGGGACGACCUCCGCUUGCAGGGCUGGAUGAGCGACGAGGCGCUGGCCGGCUGCCGGGUGGCCACGGUGUUCAUGCAGUACGGCGUCGUGGCCAACGCCUGCUGGCUGCUGGUGGAGGGCCUGUACCUGCACCGCCUGCUGCGCCUCUCCGCCAGCCCUGAGAGGAGGAGCGUCUUCGCCUUCUACGUGGGCAUCGGCUGGGGCGCCCCCAUGCUGUUCGUCAUCCCCUGGGCCGUGCUGAAGUGUGUGUUGGAGAACAUCCAGUGCUGGACCAGCCACGGCAACAUGAGCUUCUGGUGGAUUCUGCGCUUCCCCGUCUUCCUGGCCACCUUGAUCAACAGCUGCAUUUUCAUCCGAAUCCUGCACAUCCUCGUGGCCAAGCUGCGGGCCCAUCAGAUGCACCACACCGACUACAAAUUCCGGCUGGCCAAGUCCACGCUGACCCUCAUCCCCCUGCUGGGGGUCCACGAGGUGGUGUUCGCCUUUGUGAUGUACGAGAACGCCCAGGGCACCCUGCGCUUCAUCAAGUUCUUCUUCGACCUCUUCCUCAGCUCCUUCCAGGGCCUGCUGGUGGCUGUCCUCUACUGUUUCCUCAACAAGGAGGUGCAGACGGAGCUGCUGCGGAGCUGGCACCGCUGGCGCCUGGGCGAGCUGCUGCGGGAGGAGCGCCAGGGCAGCGGCCACCCGGCCCUGGCCCGGUCCACCAGCGGGGCCCCCACCGAGAAGCUGCUGCUGUCCGGAGGCUGCGACAGCAACGGGGGCAGCCACGGCCCCUCCCCCUCCGGGGAGCCCCGCGCGGCCGGCAGCCCCCCGGGGUGGGCCCAGAGCGCCCUGUGAGGCCCGAGCCCCCGGGGCUGGACUCGGGAGUGAGAGGCCACCCGAACAAUUCAGACCAAGACCCAGAGUGGCCUGGGGUGUAGCCAGAGCGGCCCCCUGUCCCCGGGGCCCACUGCAAGUGGCCUGAGGGCGGGCCUCCCCUGCCCUGCCCCUCCACUCCCCACACCUGCUCUGUGCCCAGCGGGCCCGAGGGGGGAGCGGGGGGACGGGUGGGGAGCUCUCGUGAGUGCGUGUCUGUGUCCCGUGUGUGUCUGUGAGUCUGAGGAGGAAUGUGUGUCCUCCAACAAUAAAGAGCUUGCGCAGUGGUCCUCUUCCACCCCCUGGGCUGGCACUGCCCUCUGGGACCCCCCAUUUUACAGAUGGACUGGAUGCAGCUGGACCCCGAUGGGACCGAGUGUGGUGGUGGCUGGCAGCGCCCCGGCUGCCCCAUGGAGCAGGUCCCGGCUGCCGCCUCUCGCCAGCGCAGGCGGCCUCAGCUGCCCCAGGCUGAGGGGAUAGCCCCCCAUUGGCUUUGGCCCCCAGGGGUCACCAUUUGCCAGGCGAGGGACAUGAUGGGGGGCGAUGGCCCAGGGAGGACACUGACAUCCCACCCCUCCUGCCCCAUGGACACAUGGCCGGGGCUGCACUCGGGUCAGUGGGGACGUUGCCGCACAACCUGGGCCUGGAGUCCUCCGCUCGCCUCUGCCUCAUCCAGGCUCCGGCCACCUGAGCAGCGCGCAGGGCACGCAGCAGGUGAAGUGGGGGGACAGGGGACCCCAACUGAACUGGUCCGAGUGAGGUGACAGCACAGUGUCCCUGGCCUCUGCAAGGCCACCGGGACCUCCCCAUCAGGAGCUGCCGUGGGUGGGCGGGCACCUGCUGGGCAGGCGGGGGACUGACCCCAGGACGGAGCCGA